UGAACCACAAGACACGGAUCUCACAACGCAUGUGUCGUUUACUGUCAACAAAUUUCAUUUUCCCUUUCUCUUUCUUUAUUCCUUUUAACAAACGUUGCCAACUCUAUAUAAAAUCUCCACCACCCUUGUAAUAAGCUCUUAAACUAAACAACACUUUUUUGUGAUCUCACAAGCCAAGCUAAUAGCUAAUAACUUGGCUAUCAGCAAUGGCAACCGGUGCCGGAGAUGCGUUUCUUCGGCCAAUAUUUGAGGGUUGUAUUUCUGGUUACGACCACUCCGUUGAGCGUCGUCCUUAUCAUCGUAAGUGUGGUUGUGUACUUCAUAGCAAAUCAAAAAAAUCAUCAACCACACAAAAAUCGCCAAUGAUGUGUAACAAAGUUAAAUAUCCUAUAAGAAGAGCAUUUAGUGAAGGGAAUUUGGCUUUGAUUGCUUCACCUCUUACUUCUCCUUCUCCUGCUCCUCUUGGUGGUGUAAAGUCUCGUCGUGGUUCCGUCGAUAUAGAUCAUGGUGAUAUGGAUGAACAACUUAAUCGUAAUACUAGUGGUUUUGUUUGAGGUGUGAAUCAAUCAUUUUCACCAUUUUUUUUUUUAUCUUUCUUUAUUUUAUUUGAUUGUAUUUUUUAGGUUCCAGUUUUGAAUUAUUAAUAAUUUGAGGUCUUGUUAACUUUUUCUCUUUGGAUUAAUAUUAAGAUGAAGAUGAUUUGUUGGAGGUUUUUUUGGCUUGUAAUAGAUUUGUUUAUUUUUUAUUAGACAACCCCUUUAUUGUAACGAUGUAUUUUGGAUCUUUAAAUGUAUGAGUAUAUAUCUAACUUUUUAUGUGAA